AUGUACCCUUUCCCUAACUCCGAUGUCGCAGGUAUGCUUGAGGACUUGCUUGAAAAAAAGGUGAUUGAAUUGCCAGAAUGUAAGCACCCUGAGGAGAUGAACCGGGUUAACGACCCUAAGUUUUGCAAGUACCACCAAAUCGUCAACCAUCCAGUAGAGAAGUGUUUCAUGUUGAAUGAGCUAAUUAUGAAUUUAGUUAGGCAAGGAAGGAUUGAGUUGGAUAUUGAUGAAAUCGCAGAUACGAACGUUGCCACAAUUGUGUUUUGA